GCUUUGCCAUCAGAACCAAAACCAGUGAGAAGCUGACGGUCGCGCCGCACUAUCUACAAGCCAUGGCUGAAGAAACCGUCGUUAUCCCUGUCGAAGUUGAUCCCAAUCUAAACGAAGUCAAGCUCUUCAACCAAUGGAGCUUCGACGACCUUCAGAUUACUGAUCUGUCUCUUGGGGAUUACAUUGGAGCAAGAUCCAAACAUGCAACAUAUGUUCCUCACACUGCUGGUAGGUACUCAAAGAAGCGUUUCAGGAAAGCUCAGUGUCCCAUUGUUGAGAGGCUCACUAACUCUCUCAUGAUGCAUGGUAGAAACAACGGAAAGAAACUCAUGGCUGUUAGGAUCAUCAAGCAUGCCAUGGAGAUCAUUCAUUUGCUAACUGACCAGAACCCAAUUCAAGUUAUCGUUGAUGCUGUCGUCAACAGUGGUCCUAGAGAAGAUGCAACUAGAAUUGGAUCUGCUGGAGUUGUUAGGAGGCAGGCUGUGGAUAUCUCACCUCUUCGUCGGGUUAAUCAGGCCAUAUAUCUUCUAACAACUGGUGCCCGUGAAGCUGCAUUUAGGAACAUUAAGACAAUUGCUGAAUGCUUAGCUGAUGAACUUAUCAACGCUGCCAAGGGUUCAUCCAACAGCUAUGCGAUCAAGAAAAAGGACGAAAUUGAGAGAGUUGCCAAGGCCAAUCGUUAAGCAUCAUUUGGAAGUAGUCUUAGUGAUGAGAAAUAUUUUAUUUUGCUCCUUGUAUUACAUUUUUACUUAAAAUUGUUGUUUUUAAACAUGAUGUAAACCUUUUACUGGUUUAUUUUCCUCUCAUGUUGAAUUGACUUGUUAUGCACAAUUUUGCUGGUUAGUCUAAGACUGUUUCAAGGAUCAUUAAGAGAUUUUCUUGCA